AUGUUUGAGCUUAUUGUGAGCUUCUCGCCACAGCCGCCCCGCGCCAUGAUUGCGGCUGGUCCAGGCGCGCGAUGCGCCACGGAGCGACGUUAUUGCGUGGGCUCAAACAACACUCUUAGUUUCACGGUAGAGCGCGUUCCUGCUCGUUGCGCGCGUGAGCGAGGUGUCUGCCUCGCACCGGCAACUGGAGUACGGGAGGUGAUGGUGGUAACGUGUCGUGCUGCCGGUCGCAAGGAUGGCGCACAGGCUGCGCUGGAGGUGGGCAUGUGGUGGGUCGACCGCUGUCUCAGCGCGGGCGUGCAGCAAGCCGCUGGAGGGACGGCGGUGCUGUUCUGCUGUAUGAAGAUUGUGGACAUAGCAGUAGAGCGUCUAACGCUCUACUCAAGCGAGGACUCGCCGCUCUCUGGAUCAUCGGCUAUCGGGCGUAUGCGCAUGCCUCGGCAUUUCUUCGGGCUGCAGCUGUUUCGCCUCGGCGAACUGCGCCAUGUGCAGCUUUCCCCGUCAGUGCGCCGGCUAGUCGUCGAGGUUGACGUCCGAUCGUGCCUGCGUUGGCCCCAGUCGGAGGUGAACAACUUCCUAGCCAGUUUGCAGUCCCCGCUGCGUGCGGUUCGUGUAGCAACGUGCUCCGUAUCUCCCGUGAAGCUCCUGAACAAGUUUCACGCAUCCCUACGUGUUCUCUACUUGUUCCGUCGAACAACCACUGUCCGAGAUCCCACCGACACUCGAGUGCCUGUCAACAUAGAGGACGAAGAGUACGAGGAAGAAGAGAGCACCAGCCCAUCUCUGACGCCUGCCAUGGAUGCGCCAGCCACGGCUCAACAGGCGAACCAGCUCACUGCGGCGCAGUUUACAUCGACCAACUCGACCGCUGUCACCGGGGCACGCGGCCGGCGGACAAAGCGCCUGCGCCUCUCCCCUGCCGCUGCAGCUGCACCGGUGCUUGAGGAGCUCCACGUGACGAGCUCGGCCCGGCGCUCGCUGCCCCGCUGGGUGGAGAAGUGCACGCGCCUGAAGCACAUCACACUGCGCAAUUGCACCUACAACCGAGUGGACUCGCUCCGUUUUGCCCGAAAGCUCACAAGUGUCUUGCUCGAUGGGUGCGCGAAUUUUGUUGGAUUCGACUGUUUGUGUGGCUUCCCGGAGCUGCGGUCGGUGACUGUGAAGAACUGCGGUCUUUUGCGAGACCUCUCGUGGCUGUCGUGGCUGAGGGGUUCGCUGUGCUACCUGUGCAUUUACCACUUGUUGCCGGCGUCGGUCACCACGUUUGCGUCCGCCUCCUGUCUCGGGAUGGGUCUGAGUGGGCUCGAGGAGCUCAAUCUCUCCAUGCCGAGCCUGCACGCACUGCGGCCGUUUGUGGCGCACUCCUCCGCCACACUGCGUGAGUUGACGCUCUUCACGUGCAUGAGCUUGAGCGGCUUUUCAGACCUUCCCGCGCUGCCUGCCUUGGAGAAGGUGGUGAUCACCGGCAACUGUCACAUGCAGAACUUUUUGUGGCUGUCGAGAUCGCCCCGUGUUGUCGAGGUGCGUGCGACGCAGUGCUCGCAGCUGAUGUCCUUGACAGGACUCGAUGCGCUCCAUCAGCUGCGCGUACUCGACGUCAAUGGGUGCCAACGUAUUCGCACCAUCGCCCCGCUCGCUGAGUGCGUUUCGCUGACGUACCUGGACGUGUCGCACUGCGGUCUGCUGACAAGAGUAUCAGUGCUCGAAAAGCUUCCCUAUCUCCAGUGCGUGCUGAUGCGCAACUGCACGUCGCUGGUUAAGGACUUUGGGUGGAUUGUGGGCUGUCCGAAACUGGUGGAGCUCAUGGUACCUGGACCGGCGUGGGUCGAGGCGGCGAGGGGUGUGCUACAUCGCCUUUGCCGCCGUAAUGUAGUUCUUCGCUGA